UGAAGACAUAUUUGUAAGGAUCACAAGUGCCCAGGCCAGGAUACAGGGAAACAGAAAUUCCAGGAGAUUAACUGACCUCAUGUCAUUUCCUGACGUUUGGCAGUGACACUGAGAGAGAAUUGCUGGUACCCUCCUUAUGUGGAUUUAUCUUUUAAGAGAAGUUUGCUUUCGUCCGGGACAGUUUGUUGUCGUGAGAUACAUCUAAGAGAGUAUAAUCAUGGGGCAAGCUGAUGUCUCCAGACCGGUAAAUCCAGAUGCAGUUGAAGAAGCAGACCAGCAUACUGGAGAUCUAGGCAUGGUCAUGGACAGUGUGGAAGCUGGAGACACAACACCUCCGACCAAAAGAAAAAGCAAGUUCUCAGGCUUUGGCAAAAUCUUCAAGCCCUGGAAAUGGAGGAAAAAAAAAAGUAGUGAUAAAUUCAAAGAGACAUCAGAAGUUUUAGAGCGAAAAAUAUCUAUGCGAAAACCAAGAGAAGAGUUGGUUAAGAGAGGAGUUCUCCUGGAAGAUCCUGAGCAAGGUGGUGAGGAUCCAGGAAAGCUGAGCCAUGACAUAUUAAAGAAUGGCCAUACCACCCACAUAGGGAGUACCAGAUCUUCCAGCCUAGUAGAAGAAGAGGCAGUAAGAAUAUCAAGUCUUAAAGAUCCUAUUCCAGAAGAAGACCUAAAGAAGCGACUAGGCUCAACUGGAAGCCAGCCUAAUUCUGAAGCAGAGUCCAUUCCUGAGAAUGUUCCCAAACCGCCUUUACUUCCCCCGAAAAGACCCUUGUCGUCUUCUCAUGAAGCAAGUGAAGGACAAGCAAAAGACAUCACUUGUGGCAGCACAGCCAGAUCCACCUCCUCCACCUCUGCCUCCUCCGCCACCAUAGCACCUGCUGCCACUACUGCUGCCACAAACCUAGCAAAGACUGUCAAUUCUUUUGCCACCCCUACCCCAGUACCCAGGACUCUGUCUGUCGCUCCUGUCAGUACUAACACUACUCUUGCUUCUAGCCUUACGAAUAUGGUCCCUGCCAAGCAGCCCCCAGUCCCUCCCCCCAAACCAGCUCACAGAAAUAGCAACCCUGUCAUUGCUGAACUAUCCCAAGUCAUAAACACUGGCACAUUGUUAUCAAAGCCAUCCCCACCCUUACCACCUAAGAGAGGCAUUCCAUCAACUGUGGUACCCACCUCAGAGUCUGCCACUGCCAUCACCACAAAAACACCAAGUGAUCAAAGAGAGAAGAAUGCAUUAUCUGUGAGCUCUGAACCACUGAUGAUGGUCCCACCUUCCUCCCCAUCUCCUCCACUGCCUACUCAUAUACCUCCAGAGCCCCCGCGGUCUCCACCAUUCCCUGCUAAUAAGACUUUUCAAGUUGUGCCAGAAGUUGAGUUUCUACCUUCUUUAGAUCUAUCCCAAGAGGUUGCCCAGCAGGAAGACCAGAAAAAUGAAGUCCCCAAAAGGACAGUGGACCAGAGAUUUGGGGAGCCCCAUAUACCCCCUAGGCUGCCCCCAGUCCCACUUCAUAUUCGAAUUCAGCAAGCCCUAACUAGUCCCCUUCCUGUGACUCCUCCCCUUGAGGGCUCUCACCGAGCUCACUCAUUGCUCUUUGAGAGCAGUGACAACUUUUCUGAAGACAGCAAUACCCUGGGUCGGACCAGAUCACUUCCUAUCACUAUUGAAAUGCUGAAAGUUCCAGAUGAUGAAGAAGAGGAGCAAACCUGCCCAUUGACACUUGUUGAAGAUACAACAUCUACCUCACCUAUUCCUAAAUUACCACAGUGUCUGCAAGAGGAAGAAGAAGAAAAAGAGAGUGACUCAGAUUCAGAGGGUCCCAUUCAGUACCGAGAUGAAGAGGAUGAGGAUGAAAGCCAUCAGAGUGCUCUGGCUAACAAAGUGAAGAGGAAGGACACACUGGCAAUGAAGUUGAACCACAGACCCAGUGAACCAGAGUUGAACUUGAAUUCUUGGCCUCAUAAAAGCAAGGAGGAGUGGAAUGAAAUACGGCACCAGAUUGGGAACACACUGAUCCGGCGACUGAGUCAAAGACCAACACCAGAAGAACUAGAACAACGAAAUAUACUACAACCUAAAAAUGAAGCUGAUCGUCAGGCAGAGAAACGAGAGAUUAAACGGCGGCUCACUAGAAAGCUCAGUCAAAGGCCAACUGUGGCGGAACUACUUGCUAGGAAGAUUCUGAGAUUUAAUGAAUAUGUAGAGGUCACAGAUGCUCAAGAUUAUGAUCGGCGAGCAGACAAACCCUGGACCAAAUUGACUCCUGCUGACAAGGCUGCCAUACGAAAAGAAUUAAAUGAAUUUAAAAGCUCAGAGAUGGAGGUUCAUGAAGAAAGCAAACAUUUUACACGCUACCAUCGUCCAUGAUGCCCAAGUUUGAGAGAAGUAAAAGACUCACCCAAAACUUACAGGCUGUUUUGCUCCUGUCUUUGAUCUUGGGAGUGACAUAUGGCAGGAACUUCAGCACUUGCCAGCACAGCCAGAAUUGUAUCUUCUGGGGUCUUGUUCUGGGGUGAAUAGCACUUCUAUGAAUGUAGCCUUUCACUGGAAUGGAUUCUCCUGUGCUUCCCCUGGAGCAGAACCGAAUGCUUUGUCACUGCUUUUGGACCUUCUGACAUUGCAGCAUACUUGUGGGGGUUUUCCCUCAUCAACCACCAAAGUUUGAAGCCUGUAGCAGGUUCCCCAAGAUGACUGCCUGUGCUGAGCCACAGUUUGCACCAUUCGCCUUACCUAUCCUGUUCUACUUGUGAAUCCCACAUGUAUGGGCACUUGUUUCCAGCCUUCAAAUCCACUUGUCAGUGGGAAAAGCCUUUCAGAGAUCCACCCCAGCCUUCUCACAUGGGGGACCCACUUCCCUAGGAAACUUGUGCACCACAUCGCAUGUCAGCAGGAAGCAUUGCACUAUACCUCUUGUAACACAGCAGUAUAGUCCUUGUAAGGCCAUCUAACCUGAGAGAAAGCUUGGGAUCUGACAUGGUCCUAUUUUUUUUGGCACUUGUCUUCCUGAUUUUAAUUUUUUUUUUUUU